AUGCAGAGCUCCCAUCGCCUCUCAACUUUUGAUUCUCUGUACGAGAUCGCCACCUUCCCUUGCACCGCUACCCCUGUUAAAUCUCUCGCUGCUGCCCUCGUCGCAUUCGCUGCAGCGACUACUGCUGCCCCUUCCGAAAAGCGUGCAAUUUGUGCCAACCCAGUCACAUAUGUCGAAUGGCGUUCGCUCCCGCAAGCACAGCGCGACUCGUUCCACAACGCUGUCAAAUUCCACUAUGUGGCCAACUUUCUUCCUUGGCAUCGUUGGUUCUUGCAUCUUCGUCGCCUGGAUCUGACCGAUUGUGGAUACACUGGACCCGUCCCUUACUGGGACUGGACUAUCGACUCUGGCAAAUUAGCCACCUCCGACAUCUGGGAUCCCGUUAGCGGAUUUGGGGGUAAUGGUAACGCUCGUACCCGUUGUGUUGAAAACGGGCCAUACGCAUCCCCUGGGUUUCAACUUACCUAUCCUAACCGGCACUGCUUAGCUCGCCGUUUCAAUAACGGGAAUAUACGAGAUUCGAGGAUCGGGAAUAUGCAAGGCUCACUCUACUCACAGAACGCUGUCGACACACUUAUGAGGCUGACAGACCACAUCAACUUUUCUAAUGAGAUGGAAGAAGGGGUCCACGAUGUUAUUCACAACGUUAUUGCGGGCGACAUGGCGGCCGCGUUCUCUCCCAACGAUGCCCUUUUCUUCUUACAUCAUCAAAACAUCGACCGCCUGUGGGCUAAAUGGCAAGGUCGUAACGCUGCUCGUCUGCAGGACUAUCGCGGCAAUACCGUACAGGGUCAAGAUCCAAUCAAUGGCGGGCGCUAUCCGUUGGCCAAGCUAACUGAUAAGUUGCCAACGCAAGGAAUUCGCGGACUGCCGGACAUCACCGUUGCUGAAGUGAUGGACACCAUGUCGGACAAGUUGUGUUAUGUUGUGAAUCCACCUACUUCCCUGAUGAAGUUCUUUGCUGUGCUAAUCCCUCUGGCGGCUGCCGUGUUGGCCGUCCCUUCUAAGAGCGAAGAAUGCACCAACCCCGAAAUACGUGUUGAAUGGCGUAGUCUGACUCAGGACCAGCGCAACAGCUACCACAAUGCAGUUAAAUGUCUUCAGACUAAACCUAGCGGAGUCGAGGGACUCUCUCAGUAUGAUCUCUUUUCAAAGAGGCAUGUGGAUUUGUUUGGAGACAUUCAUUACGUUGCUGCUUUCUUACCGUGGCAUCGCUAUUUCUCCCGUGCUCGCGGCCAGCUUAUGAAGCAGUGCGGGUACGAUGGACCCGAUAUUUACUGGGAUUGGACCAAGGAUGUGAACAACAUGGAGUCUUCGGAAAUGUUCGACCCCGUCAAAGGAUUCGGAGGCACUGGCAAGCAGACAAAGACAAAUAAUACCACACUUAAUUGUGUCAACGAUGGUCCUUACGGUCUCCGGUCCAACUUUACGCUAUCCUGGCCGCAAAAGCGCUGCUUGCAGCGCAAUUUUGAUAUGCGGCCUAGGCGAAGAACUUGGUGGGACAAACCCACUAGCCCUUCAACCCGCCAUUCGCAGACUCAGAUCGAUAACAUUAAUAAGAAAACCAAGUUCGCCGACUUCUGGCCCGCAUUGGAGGAAGGUCCCCACGAUUCCGUGCACAACGAGAUCAACAACGACAUGGCUGCUAGUUUCUCUCCGGAUGAUGUGUUGUUCUUUCUCCAUCACAACAACAUCGACCGUUUAUGGGCUCUCUGGCAAGAUCGCGACCAAAACCGCUUGAAGGACUAUUCAGGAAGUAAAGUCCAAGGACAGAAUCUAACUGAUCCAACCCGCCCUGCUGCUUCUCUUGACAACAUAAUCUUCAUUGGGAUGGAGAACCUGGGAUUUCGCAAUGUCACAGUCGGCGAACUUAUGAAUACUCAGGGCCCUGUCUUGUGCUACAAGUACGACAAGUAG